CUUAUCGGAGCCGUGGCUAUCCGAGCAUCCAUCCUACCCCUCUAUUGGGCUGUUGGUUGAUCUGUUGAUGCUUCGAAUUUUCCGUUGUGACUGAAGCGAAGAUAAUAAAUUUAUUUCAAGCUCUUUUUCAGCCUGCUUUAUUUGCUACAAAAAAAAAACCAAGAAAUGGCGACCCCCAAGACGGCACAAUUUGGUACAUGGGAAAGCCCCAUCAACAUAGAGACCAUAACUGCUGAAAGCACCAACAUCAUAGAAGUAACUGCAACUGCCAAUGGAAAGAUAUAUACUGUUGAGGCUCCGCCGAGCGUGGAUGGACGAUGCACUAUCAUCGAGUAUCAGCAAGGCAAGAGCCGGGAGGUGCUACCGCCCGACUACAGCGCCCGAACUGCUGUGCACGGUUAUGGUGGAGCUGCAAUUGAAACCACUAGCAAAGGCGCGGUCAUAUUUGCAGACUGGAAUACAAAAGGGGUCUUCUCGCUCGACCCAACUACGAAGAAGGUGACGGCUGUGCUGACUGCCGACCCUCAAGUGUUCUUUGCCGACUUUGAUGUUCAUCCACACCACCCUGAGUGGAUUUUAGCGAUUCGUGAAAAUCACCACUCACAGCCGGAAGAGGAGAACUCCUUGGUCGCCAUAAAUUCUGCGGACCAAACCAUACAUGUUUUAGCUUCAGGGGCCGACUUCUACACAUCCCCUCGCUUUAGUCCGACUGGAGACCGCAUCUCUUGGACCCAAUGGAAUCACCCAGAUAUGCCAUGGACAGGUACAAAGCUGUUUGUGGGGUACUGGAAAGGAGAUGGAACGUUGAGUGACGUCAAGGAGAUUGAUGGUGAAGCCCGCAAUGUAAGCAUCAAUCAACCAAAAUGGGGACCCGACGGAACACUGUUCUACAUAAGCGAUCGCUCCGGCUAUUGGCAACUACAAGCUUUACGUCAAGACUCAGCGAAGCCUGAAACUAUUAUUCUUGAUGGCCUUGAGAAAGGUGAGUUCUCCUCACCGGAAUGGCGUCUAGGCAGCUCCACCUUUAUUUCUCUCACCAGCGAUACUAUUGUUGCUACAUGGAUAAAGGAUGCAAAAGAGACCCUUAUCUCGAUUGAUCUACCAAGCUCAAAGUAUUCCGUAUUGUCGGAUAGCCUCACAGGCAUUAAUGGCCACGCCGUACACCGACUCUCCGACACCAGCUUUGUUGUCAUAGCAGACAGCCCAACCGUACCUAAAGCGCUCUACCAUGUGGAGCUCAGUCAACCUCGUCUCAAAAUUGAUAUUCUCAAGUCGUCACUUCCUCUAGAUAUACCUGAUGUAUUCUAUUCACAGGCAGAACAUAUUUCAUUUCCACGAACUGAAGGCUCCGACCAGUUAAACACGACUUCUCAUGCCUUUUACCUUCCCCCUAAGAAUGCGAACUAUGUUGGUACACCGGGAGCCCUUCCGCCUUUGAUUAUAGACAUGCAUGGUGGUCCAACGACCCACACAAGCCCUGGUUUGGCACUCACAUAUCAGUAUUAUACUUCUCGUGGAUAUGCUGUGGCUCUACCCAACUACGCUGGCUCUUCUGGAUAUGGACGAAAGUAUCGGGACUUGCUAGAUGGCGCAUGGGGGGCUCUGGAUCCAGCUGAUGCUGCAAGCUGUGUCACAUAUCUUGUCAAAACAGGCCGAGUGGAUGGGUCACGUGUAGGUAUCAUGGGCGGUAGCUCCGGGGGCCAUGCGGCCUUGGAGGCUAUCUGGAUGUUUCCAUCAGUCUGGUCAGCUGCCGUCAGUCGGUAUGGCAUUAGUGAUCUCGAAAUUCUCGUUGAGGACACACACAAGUUUGAGAAGCAUUAUGCUUUCCGCUUGCUCUUUGCGGAUAAUGUACCGGAUGACGAGGACCAACGCCGCCGCGUAUAUCGACAGCGUAGCCCGCGUUUUCACUCUAAAGAGAUCCGGGCACCUGUGUUGCUGUUACAGGGAAGCGAAGAUAGGGUGGUUCCCCCAAAUCAAACGGAAAUGAUGGUGCGAAGCAUUACUGAGAAUGGCGGAAUCGCAAAAAUGACCCUUUUUGAAGGAGAAGGACAUGGGUUCCGAGGAAAAGAAAACCAACGCAGGGCUUUGGAGGAACAGGAUCAAUGGUGGCAGAAGUAUUUGGUUCGAGCAGAGGAGGCUUAGUUUACCAUUCAACUGUUAUUCGCAAAAUAAAAGGCAUUACCCUAACCAUAUGCAAAUAAAAGGCCUGUCUUAACCUUUGUUGUACUCAUUCGUAGUGCAUUGAUCUCAAAAUCAAAAUCAAAUAUAUUUUGGAAGGG